AAUGUGAAAGCCUCCUCGGGUGCUCCGCCCGCCCCGCGGGCUGCGUGCGGCAUUGCCUGCGAACCCUGGCGGUGAGCGGGGAUGGCGGUUGUGGCGGCGGCUGCAGGCUGGCUGCUCAGGCUCAGGGCGGCAGGGGCUGAGGGGCACUGGCGUCGGUUCCGUGGCGUGGGGCUGGCGCGGGGAUUUCUGCACCCCUCCGCGACUGUCGAGGAUGCGGCCCAGAGGCGGCAGGUGGCUCAUUUUACUUUCCAGCCAGAUCCGGAGCCCCGAGAGUACGGGCAAACUCAGAAAAUGAAUCUUUUCCAGUCAGUAACAAGUGCCUUGGAUAACUCAUUGGCCAAAGAUCCUACUGCAGUAAUAUUUGGUGAAGAUGUUGCCUUUGGUGGAGUCUUUAGAUGCACUGUUGGCUUGCGAGACAAAUAUGGAAAAGAUAGAGUUUUUAAUACCCCAUUGUGUGAACAAGGAAUCGUUGGAUUUGGAAUCGGAAUUGCAGUCACUGGAGCUACUGCCAUUGCAGAAAUUCAGUUUGCAGAUUAUAUUUUCCCUGCAUUUGAUCAGAUUGUUAAUGAAGCUGCCAAGUAUCGCUAUCGCUCUGGGGAUCUUUUUAACUGUGGAAGCCUCACUAUCCGGUCCCCUUGGGGCUGUGUUGGCCAUGGGGCUCUCUAUCAUUCUCAGAGUCCUGAAGCAUUUUUUGCCCAUUGCCCAGGAAUCAAGGUGGUUAUACCCAGAAGCCCUUUCCAGGCCAAAGGACUUCUUUUGUCAUGCAUAGAGGAUAAAAAUCCUUGUAUAUUUUUUGAACCUAAAAUACUUUACAGGGCAGCAGCGGAACAAGUUCCUAUAGAACCAUACAACAUCCCAUUGUCCCAGGCCGAAGUCAUACAGGAAGGGAGUGAUGUUACUCUUGUUGCCUGGGGCACUCAGGUUCAUGUGAUCCGGGAGGUAGCUUCCAUGGCAAAAGAAAAGCUUGGAGUAUCUUGUGAAGUCAUUGAUCUGAGGACUAUAAUACCUUGGGAUGUGGACACAGUUUGUAAGUCUGUGAUCAAAACAGGGCGACUGCUAAUCAGUCACGAGGCUCCCUUGACAGGCGGCUUUGCAUCGGAAAUCAGCUCUACAGUUCAGCAACUGGAAGACACUGGUGACUGAUGAAAACAGAAGGGUGGCCAGGAAGCCAGACAGCAUUUAGACUGGUGAGUGAGUAAAUAGUGAAGACUUGAAGCAAUGAAUAUAGACUACAAUUUCAAGAAACUUGACUUUCAAGGAAAGAAAGGGAAUGAAGUAAUUAGAGCUAGAUUUGAUCUCUUAAUGCUAUUCACUUGGCAUAGAAUGCCAUUCCCUCAGUUUGCAGUCCUCCCUGGCAGCCUCCUUGUCUUCUCCCUCUUCUCCCCACCCCUCUCCCUGUCCUCAUUUUCUCCCUUCCCCUCCAAACCAUCUAGCAGUUAGGUUUUAAACAUCUAUCAAACUUGACCUCUUUUUUCAAUUUUCCUAAUAAACUCUAAAUGAACUUAGAAAAAGAAAAGAAAACCACUAAAUCUAAAAGGAAAAGGCAAAAAAUAGCUUAUAUUGGGAUGGGUAAGACAUUUUUAGUCAGAAAGUUAAAGGGCAACAGACUCAAUCAUACUGUCACAGAGAAAUAUAUUUGCAUAAAAUGGAAAUUUUUGUAGGGCAAAAACAAGCAUGAUUUUAAAAACAAUGACAGAUGAGAACAUGUUGUAACACAUGACAGAAAACUAACAUGUGUACUCUAUUAAGCAUUCUUAAAUGUCAGUAUGGAAAUUAAUAGGGCCUUUAUUUAAAGGGUCAGAAACAGAUUAGUUUUAUAACUAUAGCCAGCAAACAUGAAAAAAUAUAUGCCACUUAUUAUUGAUAAAAUGCUAAUUUUAAAAAUGAAAUAUUGUUUGUUACCUGUAAGAGUGGGACUGCUUAAAAAUGAAUUAUAUUUUCUGCUGAGAUGAUGCAGCAAGUGAAUGUGUUAAUAGAAGUUGAUUCACUUUUCCAGGAUAUCAGAUUGAGAAUGUAUAUCAAGACUCUUCAAAGUGUAGAUUUCCUUUGACUCAGGAAUUCUAGGAAUCCUCACUUAGGAAUUAAACACAAAAAUAUGUAUUAUUCUCAGUGUUGUUUGUUUGAUAGGAAAAUAUGGGACACAUUAUUAAUGACAACAACAGAAAUAUAUGUUAAUAAGUUAUGAUUUAUCCACUUGAUGAAUGUUAUGGAUUUAUCAAAAUCAUUAAAAGAGUAGUUGAUAACAUUGUAAUAUUUGUAUGAAUAAAAUAGUAAAUGAAAACUCACCUGUAUGCAAACCUACAGGUACUUGCUCAAUGUUAUGAAAAGAAAAAAAAAAACUUUAUAUAUACAUACAUCUAGGCAUAGGGAAAGAAACGUGCACUGUAAGUCUUUUAUUGAUUUGUAUUUUCUAAUUGUUUCUUCAUUUUUAUGUACAUAUAUAUCAAUUUUUUAAUAAUUAAAAGCUUUAUAAUAUGUAGAUGUUUCUCUCACAUGGCAUGGUUAUUCUUUUAAAUCUUCCUAGUUGUUUUAAAUAAAAAAAACCCAUUUUGCUUAUAAAGUUAUUUUGCAAAGAUUUCAUAUUAUUUUAUUUUGACAUAAUUCCUUAAUCAUGUGCAUUUGAGGUUUUGGGAUUUACCAUUCAUAGUGAUGGUGGUUACUUACUCAGAAUUGUGAUGUGGGAUGAUUGUAAAACCAAUGCCACCUCACCACAUAAGACUUGGUUUUAGUGUCUGUCUUCUACAGGUAUGGCAUAUUUUGAUUCAUUGCUUUUAUUAUACAAGUGAAAUUAGCAUUGUAUUGAGGUAUUCAGAUUAUUUAAUUUUUCUGUAUUAAUCAGAAUUAAUACAGAAUUAUGUAUUAAUGGUACUGAGUUAAUGGUACUGAGACUGACAUUACUAGCAUGUAACUGAUACUAACAUUGGGUUCAUUGCUUAUUUUCCAUCCCUCUUUUUGGUAUUAAAUUUAUCAUGAAUUGCCAUCAUUCUUUUUGAAGUCUUUCUGGAUUUAAGCCAGCCAGAAAAAAGAUCAUAUUUCAUCUCCCUGAGUAAUAAGUGCCCCAGUUUCUCUCAUGCAAUUCUUAAUAUUUCUGUAGUCGUAAGUAGUCCCCCUUGAAUUCAAAGGUGCAUUCAUACCAAGCUCCUCUACUCUUUCUCUGUUGUCACCCCAGUAAGCUAAGACAUUUGUAUUUACAUAUUUACCAACGAAGUUUCGUAGACUGAAUGGGCUAUUAAUUAGUAAAAUAGAUUCUCUGAAGGAAAGCAUUACUUUAUUUAAAAAAUUAUGGUGAUUUCUAUGACUUGGUCCCUUUUAGUUGUUUUUUUAGUACCUUAAAAGUUGUAGUUUGCAUUCAGUGCAGUGAUCCUUGAAAAUAUGGUUGUAUCCUCAAAGAAAAUUAUAGUGGAUUUAAAAUAUUUUGUUUUCUUAUUUGGAAUGAAAUGAUUGUAUUUCAGUAUGUAUAUUUUAAAAUGUACAGCCUUAUCUUCAAAAUUGUCUAACUACAAUAAGGUUUUUUAUAAUUUUAUACAUGAAAGACAGCAGAUACUGUAUCCAUCACCUGGCUGACUCUCUUGGCCACCUUGUAAAACAUUUUAAGCCAAAUUGAAGACACAUAUUAAAUUUGCCAAGAAAUGUUAGCCAUGUUUUGUCAGCGUUGCAUUCACAAUCAGUAACAAGAUGGGUCUGCCUCCUGGAGACAGAACUAAAUUUCUCAUUUUGUCAUGCCCCUCGUAGGCAGUAAUGUUGGUGAUGUUGAUAGCUCAUUUUGGUUUGGUAAUUUAGGGUAAUUAAACUUACAGAUCAAAUUAGUUUGUGUUUUGUUAUGAAGUCCAUUAUCUAUUUUCAUGAAUGAGUUCACAGCUCACCAAAAUAUAGUCGAGUUUAAAACAGACAUUAAAAUAGAGAUUCACUACUGCUAAUGCAUUUUCUCCUCAAUUUGAAAUUAAACACUUGUGAAGAUUAAGACAAGUUAAAAGCAGCACUUACUGCAAAAAAUUAGCAGUUGAAAAUGAAGGUCAUAAGCAGAAAUCACCUAGUUGAUAAUUGUUUUAAUUUUUCAAAUCUAUCAAUAUUAAUGUGAGUCUUCAAGAUACCUGAAAAUUUGCAUUUGAUUGGAAAAUCUUGAAUGUUUGAUCAUUUUCUUUCAAGUUAACUUAAAGAAGUGAUUUUAUUUUUACUUCUUGAUUCAUCUGAAGAGACAUACUUUUUUGUUUUAAUCCUUUAGAGGAUCAGAUAAUGGCAUUUGCUGUUUAAGACAGUUUAUAUUUCAGAUGGCACAGAGUCUGUUUUUCUUUAUCAAAAUUAUUAGCUGAAAAAUAUAUAAUUCAUGACUAUUCUUUAAAGGAGAUCUAAAUAUUUAUGUUUUUAAAAAUGCCUUAAGGUGACUAACAUUUCUAAACCUACAUUUGUAUCAUCCACAUUUGUAAUUGUGCCUGCCAUUGCUUAAAACAAGUCCUCGUUAUUUCCUAUCUUUUGAUAGGAUUAGUUUGCUCUCUUAAUUGUAACACUUUUUCAUUUCUUUUCUGGAUUGAUUUAAAUUCUGGGCUUCAAAAAGCAAUAGUAUAAAAUAGUCACCAUGCCUGUAUUAUUGGGUGCUUUCAGAACCACUCAGACAAUGUUUUCUCUGAGAUAGCCUGUAUUUUUAAGUGUUGCAUUUUUCUUCUCGUUCUACUAGUCUCUUUUUUAAUAGCAAUGGUUAACUCUAAUUUAUAUUAGCAGUUAAAAAAAUCAAAACUUAAUCUUACCUUUUCAGCUCAUUACUGAAGAAUCUCCUGCCUCUGCACUCUGACACAAAAUUUAGGCUUUAUUUUUUAACCAUGAACUUUUCUGGGCAUAGAUUUCUACCUAAGUGUGCGUGGCUGAACAACUUGAGUGUAUUUUGUGAGUAAUAUUCCAACAUCACACAAUUCUAAAUUUUAUUAAAACCAGCUUUUCUGUGGCAGAUCCAAUGCACAGUUCAAGUACAUUAAAAUAAUGAAGUACUGCAUAAAUGUUGAUAAAAUAGUCUUCUAAUAUGACGGAAUGCCUAAUUAUGUAUUCUGUUAUCAGUUUACCUAAUAAAUGAAAUGCAGUUUCCAUUUUAAUAAAAUCUAUGUACUUUAUAAAAAUAAGACCUUUACUAACCUACACAUAUACUGAGUCAUGGGAGCCACGGUAGCAUGGGUAAAUCCUCCUGGUAGUAAGCAUGGAUACCCUUAUGUCUGUUCAGAGAACCACGAUAUCUUUUCUCUUUCCUGCCUGCCCUCUUGCUGCUCUCCCUUUCUGACUUUAAAAAACAACAAACAAAUUUCCGGACAGUGUCCUCUGUGCCAGUCUUGUGAACAUGUGGACCCUUGCAACAAAACUGUAAUUUUUUCCCAUCAUGGGCAAAUGAAGCAUUAUUUUGGGUAGUUUGUGCUUAUGAAAGCUUUCUCCAUCCUAGUAGGCUAAAAUAGAAGUAUCCUGUAAUAUUAGAUGAAAGUAAGGGAAUGAGGUUUGAUGUAGGCAAGUGUUUUUUUCCUCCCUUGGGGUUGAUCAAAGACGACACUCAUUAAAAAUACUAUGAAAUUGCUUAAUACCGUCAAAAUGCAUUUUUAAAGUGGAUCUUCUAUCAGUAUAAGGGAUAAGUCUCUCUCUCUCUCUCUCUCUCUCUCUCUCUCUCUCUGUGUGUGUGUGUGUGUGUGUGUGUAUGUGUGUGUGUGUACUAAGGGAUGUUGAUUCUCCCUACAUUAACUUUUCAACCUAAAUAAUAUAUAAAUUAACUUUUUAAAUUGAUACUUUUUUAAACAGUGUAAAAUGAGGUGUGACAUACAGAUUUUCUGCUUAUGCUGUUAAUUUUCUCCAAGGAUAUCAUAGCUAACCGUAGCUUUACUGAUGCUACUAGAGGAUAUUUGGGGAUCAGUACAACAUAUAAUUGAGAAAGAUAUUCUUCUCCAAAUAUAAACUAAAGGAAAAAAGCAAGUGAGAAUUAGAAAAAAAAUUUAAAAACAACUUCUCCUUAGAGUAAACCCAAUUUUGAUUUUUCUCUUUAGAAUAAAUGUCUUAGUUUGAAAUGCUGGUUAUGCUGUUUAAAGAGAUUUGCUAAGUACUUAAGCAUUCAUUUGUAUGACUUUUCUUACUACUUGCCUUGUUACUCAAAAUUGGGGCAAAAUAUUUUGUUUAUUGAUGAAGACACGUUUAGUUAAUAAUGUAAAGCAGCAUUAUCUUUAACUUCAACUUCACAUUAUAUAAAUUAAAAGAUUCCUUUAGAACCAGAGGUUUGACUCACUGACUACCAGCUAAUUAAUUAUUUUCCUUAGGGACAAACUCUUAGCCUUAAGUUAAUGCCUUCUGAGAGGAUAGAAUUCGCUAUUAUACACAUAUGGAAGAUUCCUUUGAGUUAGUGGGGAGGAUAGGUGGUCUUCUCAGGUACUGGUUCAUUGAAAGUUUUUUGCCUUUCAACUAUGAAACCAGCAGUAUAGCAUUUUUAAAUUGAUAAGUAUUUCAUAGAGUCUGAAGCCCUUUGUUAUUAGUGAAGGUUUUCAUUAGCAAAAGUUUAUUUUUUGGUGUCACAGAAGUAGAGUAUGAUUACCUAUAUUUAUCUUUUUAUGAUAUAUACAAGGCAAGCAUUUAAGUGUGAUUUUAUUACGUUUGCAUUGGUGUUCAUCAGCCUUUGGUCAUCUGUCUAUCAAGUAGAGCUGGCAUCUGUAUUACGAUACAUUUCUUUCAAGAAGAAAUGUUCAGAAAUAUACAGUAAGUGACCAUAGUUUCAGCUUCCAUGUCAGGCCAAAGGGAGGUGAACUGAUGGGGAGUGGGUAAAUUAGACCCACUUCUUAUUGAUCCAGCUGUUAAAAACAUUGUUCUCUUUUCCACCAAGCUCCUAAAUUCUUAUUUACUUGCCUAAAUAGGAAGCUUGCAUAGAGUCAGAGAGAUCCCAAGCUGGUAAUGGAAUAAUGAUGACCAUAUACUUUGUCUUCUGUAGUGGGUCAGCAGACAUAAAGUGAGGUUGUUUGAUGUAAACCAGAAUGUUCACUUACGUAGUUUUCAUGCUACUUAAUGGGAAUAUGUCAGCCACCAUAGUACGCAAUUAAAAUUUAAGUAAGAGAUUAGUGAUAAUAGAGUUAGGACUGUAUAGCAAUUUUUGUAAAUCAAAUUUAGGUCUCUUAAGGUCUGAGAACUUCAAAAAAAGAUCAAGAACAUAAAUGCUAUUCCUUGGUUCAGUGAUUAUAUUUUUUAAAUGUAAUGUUGAUAUAGGAUUUUUGCUCUUUGAGCUCAGCUAGAUCCAGGUUCUUGUCUCACAACCAGGAAAAAUUAGGGGUGCAGAUACCAGAGAGUGAGUGGAAUAGAAUUUAUUAAGCAAAAGGAAAGUUCUCAGCAAAGAGAGGGGUCCUGUAAAAGAGGUUCCUGGUUGUUCCCUUCCAGUUUUGAAUGCAAGGACUUUUAUAUAAAAGUUGAUGGGGCUGGGUUCCCUGUUUGUAUAAGGUGGGAAUUCCUGGUGGUUCCACCCCAUUCUCCCUGGAUGCAUGUGGGCACUUAGUCUGCUGAGGGCAUGUUUAGACAAGCCCCCUGUGCAAGUUCCCUUAUCUGCACAAAACAUGGGUCAGCGAUUUGCUGGGGACCCUUCCCUUACUUUCCGCCUAAAGCAAGCUGGUUAACUCCUUUCAAUGUCAAAGAAAAAUUUGAGGUUUCUUCGCCAGUAGCUACUGCUUCUUCUUCACUUCUAUAAUUUAUUCUUAGUUAGUGACAAACUACUUGAGAACCAUUGAAUGACUUCAAUUUGUUGUGUUGGAAAUUAAAUAAUCGUCAGUAGUUUGAUAAUAUCAAUGACUCCUAAAUAACUGAAAAGCUUUUUUUUUCCCUCCAAAUUGGGUGUUAGUAGUUAGUAUUAUGCACAAAAUGAAGAUAAAAUAUAAGUAUAUGAUUUAAUAUACCUUUUGCUUUUUAGCUGCUCAAAUAAGUGAAAAAAUGAUCCUUUCUAUUAAUAACAGCUUUUAAAGUUUUACAAGCUUGGUGUUUUCAAAUAAUUGCUAAAGGGGAAAAUUAUACUGUUAUUUAAUAGUGAAUUAAGGAUCUAGGGAGAAUUGUUAAGCAUUUCAUUUUAUUAUUUCAGUAAACUUUAUUUUCAUUAAAUCAUAUUGUUAAAGGCCUGAAAUUCUAUAAAAAUUUGUUUAAUGACAUACUGACAUGUUAUUCAUCAACCUUGGGGUCUAUGUUUUUGAAAAAUAUGAUGAGAAAAGCCCAUUUGGCAAGAUCGGGAUCUCAUAGAAAAUAGGGAUUUAGAAGCAAAUAAAUAUGACCUUAAAUAUACUUAAAAUGUAUAUUUAAAAUAAGGACAUAACUUCCUAAAGAAACUGGAAUAAUGAGUGUUUGCCAAUUGUGUAGAUACCCCUCCCCUGAGUGAUCUU